AUGGCCGCCAAGUUCGUUCUUUUGAUCGCUUCAGCUCUUAUAAUGAAGACUAUUUCUGCUCAAAGCAUCGGUGUAAGUUGUUUAAAUGGGAACGCUGUUGUGGCUGAAGAGUUAGCUUUGGGUCGAGCAUUAGGAGCUGGUCCUAUCGUCUACCCAGGAUCCAACGCUUAUGGACUGGCAGGCAAUGGUUUUGUACCAAGUAACGGUGGUGGCUUCGCAGUGAGCAGCUUCUCCCCCAUUACUCCAACUGGCAUCACAGUCAUCUCGGAGAAUGCUAUCGAAGGUGCUUUAGCCGUGAACGGUGAGCUGCCGUUCUUAGGAGCUGUGGCUGUAGAGGGCUCUUUAGCCAGCGCUGGAGCUGGUGGUAUUAACUACGGUUGCGGUAACGGUGCUGUUGGUAUUGUGAGCGAGGGAGUCGCUCCCGUCGCUCCUGCUGGUCCAUACGGUGUCGCUCCUGGCGGCAGAGUCUAUGGACCUUCUCUACCUGGUUACGGUGCUCCCAAUUUUGCUCUCAACGGUCUUCCCGCACCCGGUUGUGGUUACAAUGGAGUUUUAGGUUAUUAA